AUGCCCCAGACCGGAUUCACCGCCGAUGCUUUCGGUGCGGUCACCAUCGCCCUGGUCUCUCUCUUCCUGGUCCUCGCCCUGCUCAGCGUCCUCUACUCCGUGCACUUCCGCCUGCAAAUCCAGAAGCGAAGCCUUCUUCAGCUCGGGUACUUCAAUGGACCUUGGGCCACCAGGAUCGCCUUCACCUCGGUCGCUGUUUGGUGGAGCAUCUGGGAGAUCAUCCGGCUGAGCCUGCUCAGAGGUAGCGGGAGGCCCUUCGCCAGCCCGCCAUGGCAGAAUCACGCCUGCAAGUUCUACAUACUCUCAAACAUUGGGUUUGCAGAGCCCACCAUGCUGCUCAUGCUGGUGUUCCUCCUCCGGGCCUCUCUGCAGAAGAGGGAGCUGGGUGCGCUGAGCCACCAUUGGAACGGGAGGGCCAUCGGCAGGGCCCUCUUCCUCUCCCUCCCCGUCUUCCUCCUGCAGCUCAUGGUCGUCUUCCUCGGGCCCAAGCUUCUUAACCGGGAGACGAACCACCACAUCAAGCUGGCGAGCUAUUUCUGGAGUGCCUGGUGCGCGACGGAGGACGGCGGCGCCGCCUGCACCUACCCUCUCUUCAGCACUCUACUGCUCGGGCUCCUCGACCUGGCACUGCUCGGUUACGCCUCCUACGCCGGUGCUCGAAUUGUAUCCCUGGCGAUCAACAGGAGACUCCGGCGGCGGGUCUGCAUUCUGAUCCUCUCGGUUGACUUUUUAAUCCUGCUACGGGUCGUCUUCCUCGGCCUCUCGAUCCUGGCGGCGCCCGGCGGCCUGCCCUUCGAGGCUCUCGUGUUCUUGGCCUUCCUGACGCAGCUACUCUGUGCCGCGGCGGGCGUGUCCGUGCUGGUCUUCUUCCCGGUAGCGGAUUCCCUGGCGCUGAGAGGGGCCCUGCAUUUUGACAUUGGAGAGACGCCCUUCGACGACUAUUACAGCGAUGGCGCCUCUCUCAUCUCCAAUAACCAAAGCCUCCGGCUGGAGCCUGGAAGAAGAAGCUCGGAUGUGUCUACCAAGCGGGGCUCGAUAUCUUUCAGGACGAUGAUCAGAGUGGAGCUUGCGGCUGGAUGUGACUCCGACAACCCCAGCGCCGCAUCGCCGCUGUACCCUCCCACCAGCUAA